AUGGGGUUAUCACUGACCAGGGCAGCCCAGUGGACCACGGCCAGCUCUGGUACUGGCACACUGGAGUUCACGCCAAUGAAUGAGUCCUUGUUGAAAGGAAUCCUGCAUUUUGUGGAGCAGUUCGACUCCCAACACUCACAGGAGGCGAACCAUGUGUUUGAGGAGCCGCUACAGUGGAGUACCCAUUUAGUGGCAUCUGAUUUCAAAACAGACUAUGACUUCAGCGACUCAGAUGUACACUCUCAGGAGAAAGACAUUGAAGGGCAUCCGUUGUUGCAGUUCUCCCCUCCUACUGUUUAUGUGCGCAGCUUCAGCCAGCUCUCUAAACUAGUUCAUCUGGCAAGCGAUAAGAAGCUGGAGGAGGUUCGGGCAUGUCUUGAAGAAAAUAGAGAACCUGUGGUUAAGAUUCUUGGUACGACCUUUGCCGCCAUCCUGGAGGGAGAAGACCCGUAUUCUGAUUUGCGGCAUCUGAUAGAUAAAGAGGAAGACCCAGGCGAGGACUUGGACGUCAAGGUCAAGCUGUUUCACCUGAUCCACGACAUGGACAAGCAGCUCCUCAGAGAGCUUCUCAAAGAGAUAUCCGAACAAGUCGGGCUCGACCCCACCGCAGUGAAGAAUGAAGUGGAGCUGCUGAAACGGUUCUGCAGCGAGGGGGAGAAGAGGGUGUUGAAGUCGGUUCGAUACACAUCAGAUUAUGAAUUUUCAAACGGCUGUCGCGCCCCUCUGUGGAGACAGAUACACAGUGAAAUGUGUUACCUUGUGAUCGAGCCUUGCGACACCGAGACCCUCUGUGUCACCUGCAGCAGAGCGGGAGUGUUUCUCAAUGGGGGUUUAAAUCAGGAGGGGGACGAGAAUGCCUACGAGCGCACAAGCGAUACGUACAGAGACCUGGUAACACUUCUGAAGAGCAGAUCUCCACAUUUUGCUGAGAACAUAAACAAAGAGGAUUUUGCAGUUCAAGAACUUCCAUCAACACAAAAGAUCCAGCAUGUGGAAUCGGUUGAUGCAGAGGAACAAGGCCAACCCCAGAGGUCUUACGAGCAACAGGAAAAGAAUGUGCAUGAGAAGCCGAGACAACAGCAUACACUGAACAAGGCAGGCGGCGAGAAGAAAUAUGAACCAUGUCCGAGAUGGAAGGAUCUCAGUCUCGUGUCUGCAUGUGGUAAAGCAGAGGGAAAGAAACUCCGUAAGAGUUCUGGAGAGGAAAAGUCUGGUGAAAUUCAGAAGAAAAAGCUGGGAGCGGGAGCCAAGAGCAAGAUGAAAGCAGAGUUCUCUGUGUCCUCUUUACCUGGACGCCUGUCGUCCCUGAAAAUUAAGACCCCAGCAGGAGGCAUGCCAGUGGACGUUUUCAGUGAGAGUUCAUCUGAGAGUGAGGAGGAGGAAGAGCAGCCAGAGCGUCGUCCAGAGAGUAACACAGACCUGCCUUCUGAGUACUGGCAGAUCCAGAAACUGGUCAAGUAUCUCAAGGGAGGCGACCAGACAGCCACUGUGCUCACUCUGUGCGCCAUGAUGGACUUUAAUUUGAUGCAGGAGACGUGCCAACUGGCCAUCCGGGACGUAGGUGGCCUUGAAGUCCUCAUUAACUUGCUGGAUACAGAUGAAGUCAAAUGCAAAAUUGGAUCUCUGAAAAUCCUGAGAAAGAUUAGUCACAACUUGCAAAUCCGUCGAGCAAUUGUUGACAUGGGAGGCCUGCAGAGCAUCGUCAGGAUUUUGGACUCGACAGUCAAAGACCUGAAGGCCUUAGCCGCCGAGACCAUCGCCAACGUGGCCAGGUUCCGCAGAGCAAGGAGAGCUGUCAGACAAUAUGGCGGCAUCAAGAAACUGGUGAAGCUUCUGGACUGUGUUCCUAAUUUAGCCAGCCUGACUGAAAAGCAGGAGAAGGAUGUGGAGGUGGCCCGCUGCGGGGCUUUAGCGCUCUGGAGCUGCAGCAAGAGUACCAAGAACAAAGAGGCCAUCCGUAAAGCUGGGGGCAUCCCUCUGCUGGGACGGCUGCUCAAGUCUCCACAUGAGAACAUGCUCAUCCCUGUGGUGGGCACCCUGCAGGAGUGUGCCUCUGAGGAAAGCUACAGGAUUGCCAUUCAGACUGAGGGCAUGAUCAAGGAUUUGGUCAAAAACCUUAGCAGCGACAACGACAAGCUACAAAUGCAUUGCGCCAGUGCAAUCUUUAAGUGUGCAGAGGACAAGCAAACCCGUGACCUGGUGCGCCUGUACAAAGGUCUGCAGCCACUGGCUUUACUGCUGAAAAAGGCGAGCAACAAGCAGCUUCUGGCCGCUGCUACCGGGGCCAUCUGGAAAUGUUCCAUCAGCAUGGAGAAUGUGGCUAAGUUUCAGGAGUACAAAGCCCUGGAGACCCUGGUCGGAUUGCUGACCAAUCAGCCUGAAGAAGUGCUGGUCAAUGUAGUGGGAGCCCUGGGAGAAUUUGCCCAGAUACCUGCUAACAAGGCCACCAUCCGCAAGUGUGGAGGAAUCAAACCACUUGUCAACCUGCUCACUGGAACAAACCAGGCGCUGCUUGUAAACGUAACGAAGGCAGUGGGUGCCUGCGCCACAGAUAAGGAAAACAUGGCAAUCAUUGACCAGCUUGAUGGAGUCCGCCUGGUGUGGUCCCUGUUGAAAAACCCCAGCGCAGAUGUUCAAUCCAGCGCUGCCUGGGCCCUUUGUCCAUGUAUUGAGAAUGCAAAGGACGCGGGGGAAAUGGUGCGCUCCCUCGUCGGUGGAUUGGAACUGAUUGUUAAUUUGCUGAAGUCAACAAACAACGAGGUGCUGGCAAGCAUUUGCGCCGCCAUCGCCAAAAUAGCCAAAGACAAGGAGAACCUGGCAGUCCUCACAGAUCAUGGAGUCGUCCCACUGCUGGCCAAGUUGACUAACACAACUGAUGACAGACUCCGUCGCCACCUGGCUCAGGCCAUUGGCCACUGCUGCAUGUGGGGCAGCAACAGGGCGUCCUUUGGAGAAGCUGGAGCCGUGGCCCCCCUGGUGCGCUACCUCAAGUCCAAAGACAGUUCAGUUCACCAGAGCACAGCCAUGGCCUUGUACCAGCUGUCCAAGGACCCAAACAAUUGCAUCACCAUGCACGAAAAAGCAGUGGUCAAGCCCCUCAUCCACAUCAUGGGCUCUGAUGACGAGAUGCUCCAGGAAGCUGCUGCCGGCUGCGUGCGCAACAUCCGACUUCUUGCCCUGGCCAAUAGGAAGGCAAGAUUAUUUAAUUGA